GAUAAGAAGAGCAAGGUGUUUACAUGACUAUUGCCAUACUCGGCCUUCACCCAUAAUCAGUUUUAACAUCAAAUAGUUAAGUGUGAAUGUAAACGUGGUUGGUGAUCGAUUGACCGAAAACCAAUUAGAAUGUCGUUGAGGAAACAUUGUGUCGAGUGGGCGGGGAGAGAACGACAGACGGACUGCUUUCACAAACUCUGACACUUUCUCUCACAGUCGCCCUAGUAAGGAUUAACCUACUUUCACUCUUCUGACCCUCGACAUGUCAAACAACAACGCCAGCAGCAACUUGGUCGUCGCUCAGAGAGUAGUGAAACAGCUGCGGUUGGAGGCCAGUGUCCGUAGGAUCAAGGUGUCUCAGGCUGCAGUGGACCUGAAGAACUACUGUCUGCAGAACGCUCACCAGGACCCUCUCCUGAUGGGGGUCCCCUCCAGUGACAACCCCUUCAGACCCCCCAAGUCCUGCAGCCUGUUCUGAGCAGUCAGUGUAUGGAGGAGGACUUGUUGCUGUUUGUCCUAUGAGGGACCCUUCCUCUUCUCUCUCUACUGCUGGUCCAUUUGUGUGUUGCAGCUAUCCCAAUGUUAACCUCUAGCCUGAUCCCAGAUCUGGCAUGCCAAGGCUCGACAAUGACCAAAGAUAUUGGCAAGACCGCACAAACAGAUCUGGGACCAGGCUAGACAGUCCAUGUAUUAAGAUAAAGCCUAGUAGUGCCAUUAUACAUGUAUGUUCAGGAUGUUGAUGUGAUAUCCUAUUUGUUAUGAUGAUCAUGAUGAUGACAUUGUAUUAGUGUUCCCCAGUUUUCCAGAAAUUCCUGUUGUAAGAUUCCUGGAAUCGGGAGGGAAUAAGCAGAAAACCCAGGAAUCUUCUACUGGAAUUUCUGGAAAAAUCUGUCAAGUUUUAGAAAGUUACUGUAGUUCUCCAACCCUACAUUGUAUCUAUGCACUGUACUUUCCACCAGUAUGAUAUCAGCCUCUGACAGGCAGGCAGCCAGUGAAUGUGCCUAUGAGGUUGUCUCCCAAAUAGCACCCUAUUCCCUAUAUAGUGCACUACUUUAGACCAGAGCCCUAUAGUGCAGUAUAUAGAGAAUAGGGUGUUAUUAAGGAUGUAACUUGUGUCCGAUGACAUGUACAGCACAAUAAGGAAGUGACCAACCGUUGAAUGUUUUAACCAGGGUACGUAUUGAUAUUUAGCCUACAGUUCUAGCCGAUUGGCCUACAUCCUGUCUUGUCACCUUCUAUUGCUUGUGUUCCAUGUGCAGUAUACUUCCUGGUACAAACUACCACAUGGUACAGGUUGACAUUCUCAACCCAGGGAUCCAGAACCAUAGAAUUAGAAUCUAGAAUUCAUGCGGAACACUAACCACAUCUCCCCAGUUGUACUCUAUACAAGAGACUGGCAGUUACAUGUUUCUUUUAAACUUUCGUCAACCUAUUUUAUUUAAGAUUUUAUGAAAUAAUCAGGCUUUUUAUCGAAGGGUUCGUUCAUUCGGUUGUGAUGAUACUGAUGUGAUCUUAAAUGUUACAUUGUUGUGCCCUCCUGUACCUUUUUUUAGGAAGACACUCCUGUCCUUGGCCUUUUUCCCUGGAAAUACUCAUGUCCUUCUCACGUUUUCCACUAGCCUACAUUCAGUCACAGAUAACACUAUAGCAUGGUUUUCCACUAGCCUACAUUCAGUCACAGAUAACACUAUAGCAUGGUUUUACACUAGCCUACAUUGUCACAGAUAACACUAUAGCAUGGUUUUCCACUAGCCUACAUUCAGUCACAGAUAACACUAUAGCAUGGUUUUACACUAGCCUACAUUCAGUCACAGAUAACACUAUAGCAUGGUUUUCCACUAGGCUACAUUCAGUCACAGAUAACACUAUAGGAAAUGGGAACGUAUUUAACUAAGACAAACACUCAUUUCCAUAUGCCACAGCUGGUGCUUCAGCUUGUUUCAGGUUACUGAUUAGCCACAUCACCAUGACUGCCAUUUUUAUGAUUCCAUCAGCCUACAUCGCAGUUUGUUUUUAUCGUUGAACUGUGAGCGUGGAACUGUCUAGCCUCGCUACCGGCCUUGAAUGAGGAGUUUUAAUUUGAUACCUGGUAUACUGUCGAUCCUCUGUGCCUGAGCUUUGUAGCUGUGUUAUACUGUCCAUCCUCUGUGCCUUAACUUUGAAACUGUGUUAUACUCUCGAUCCUCUGUGCCUUAACUUUGUAACUGUGUUAUACUGUCGAUCCUCUGUGCCUGAACUUUGUAACUGUUUCCAACCUAGUAAAUCACAUUUACCACUA